AUGCAGCCACGCACGCCGCGCGUCCAGAUCGGGAGCCGCCAACGUGCGGCAAUGGCAGGCCUCGCCGCGGCUUUCGCCGUGGCGACCCUCGCGGCGAUGGCCCACGCCACCACCGCCGGCUCCCCGCCGUUGCCGCCGUCGUCGCAGCCGUGGUCGUCGUCCUACUACGCGGCCGUGGAGAACCGGCUGUCGGCGGGGGCCGGCAUGGUGCUCGUCUGCCGCGCGCUGGGCGGCGGCGACAUCUUUACCCAGUGGAGCGUCGUGCCGCGUGGCCGCGUGCCCCGCGACGGCCGCCGCGUCUUGGAGCUCCUGGUGGACGCCAAGACGUACGGGUGGGUCACCUGCAGCUGGGCCUACCAGGGAAACUACGUCGGCGCCAUGCCGCUCUUCGACUCGCGGUGGCCGGAGGCCAAGCGGUGCCAGGACGUCGCCGGCGGCGGCCUGUGCCGCGUCGUGUUCGAGAGCGACAUGGUGCGCCUCGAGACGCCCGGCGGGGGACAGCGGGUUCUCGGCGACCUGCCGGUGAAACGUUGCCGGCGGCACUGGCUCCUGUUCAGCACGGAGUGCACGUACCCGGACCAUCCCUACCCCUACGCCGGCCGCCGCCUCAGCAACGCCUUCGAAUACUUUGGCGUGUGA